AUGGCGAUGGCAAAGCAUCUGUUGACCUUAACCGGUUUUCUCACAUCUCUAGCAGCGGGUGUUCAACCUUCUGCGCCAGCUGCUAUUGCGGCGCCUAUGAGACCAUUACAAUGGGGGCAACUCAAUUUCCUUCAAACUACAGAUACUCAUGGAUGGCAUGCAGGUCAUCUACAAGAGGCCCAAUACUCUGCGGACUGGGGUGAUUACAUAUCAUUCGCAGAGCAAAUGAAGAAGCAAGCGGAUGAUAAAGGAGUGGAUCUUUUGCUUGUCGAUACAGGAGAUAGAAUCGAGGGAAAUGGAUUGUACGAUGCAUCAGAACCCAAAGGGCAAUACACAUAUGACAUUUUCAGGGAACAACAUAUCGACAUCAUCUGUACUGGAAACCAUGAGUUAUACAAGGCAGAUGCCGCCGCUCGAGAAUACGAUCAAACUGUGCCAAAUUUUAACGGAAAUUAUCUUGCUUCAAAUCUCGACUACAUAAAUCCAAAGACCGGUGAACAGAUUCCCAUGGCAAAACGAUAUCGCAAGUUUACAACAAAGAAUCAAGGGAUCAAAGUGGUCGCGUUUGGAUUUCUCUUCGAUUUCAAUAGAAACGCCAACAAUACCGUUGUGCAAGAAGUCGAAAAAACUAUUAAGGAAGAAUGGUUCCAACAAGCAAUUCGAGAAGAUGCUGAUUUGUUUGUGGUUAUUGGACAUGUAACUCUGGAUGGGCCGGAGUACAAGGCCAUUUACAAGGCUUUGAGAGAUCAAAAUUGGGAUACUCCCAUUCAGUUCUUCGGUGGCCAUAGCCAUAUUCGAAGCUACGCCAAAUACGAUUCUAAGGCGUACGGAAUACAGAGCGGUCGAUAUAUGGAGACUGUUGGCUGGAUGUCCAUUGAAGGUAUCAAGAAGAACGAAAAGAAAAAGAUGUCCCAAGGAGAUCACACUUCUAGUGCACAAGCCACUAAGGAUGCCGAACGUACAGGCAUGUCCUUCCAAAGAAGGUAUAUUGACAACAACCUUUUUGGCUAUCAUUUUCACACUGGGUUGAAUGAUACAACAUUUCCCACUGAGCAUGGCAAGAAUGUCUCGAAUUCUAUCGCCAAAGCUCGGAAGGCCCUAAAUCUCGACCACAAUUUCGGUUGCGCUCCAAAGGAUCUCUGGAUGAGCAGAGCAAAAUAUCCUAGUAAAGACAGUCUUUUCUCGUGGCUUGGUGACGAAGUAAUGCCUGAUGUUGUGACCCGUCUCGAUCGAAAAGAUGUUCCAACAAUAGCUAUCACCAACACAGGUGCCAUGAGAUUUGAUAUUUUCAAAGGUGCCUUUACAAGAGAUACAACCUUCAUCAUUUCUCCAUUUGUUAGCAAGUUUAUGUAUAUCAAAGACGUGCCAAUCGCUGCAGCCGAACAAGUUCUUCCACUUCUUAACAGCGGCGGCAAUAUCUUCUCAUCUUCGAAUCUAGAUAUCAAUAAUCUCGCACCACCUGAACAUCUCUCUUACAAAACGGAUAUCCUGGCGCCCUCCAUACCCAUAUCCGAUCUUCCACCGCUAUCUAAAGCUCAAUCUCCUCUCUUCUCAUCCUCCUCAACCCAAAGGCCCGAGCUCAUUCCUGGCUAUACUACUAAUGAUGACAACGGCUCCGAUGGAGAUGAUACAAUUCAUUCCCCCAUCACUUUUCAUCGUGUACCUAAUUGUAUCGAAUCCCGCAUUAAUAUCCUCUCCACCAGCUCAGAUCCCGAGACUGUAGAUUUAGUCUUCAUAGACUUCAUAAAACCAUGGGUCCUGGUUGCAUUGCGUUUUUCCGGGGCGGAUUAUACGGAGAAAGAUGUCAAUAGUUAUAGAAAUGAGACUCUGACGGAGUUGAUGGCCGGGUGGAUCAAGGAGAAUUGGGGCCAGGAUUGUUAA